AAAAGCGGCAGUAAAGUAAAGUAAACGCAAAACCAAAAUCCACUGAAUCUGAAAUGAAAAUUAAAAACCUUUUGUUUUGUACUGUUUUUUGUGUGCUGUAAUUAGUUUGUUAUCACUUUGCAAUCAUUUAUUUGAUUUGUAGGUUAGCACUGCAGUUUGCAACGCAACAACGCCGGCUGGAAAGUUUUGAACACAAUUAAUAAUUCGAGAUAAAUAAAACUUAAGUUCUGAAAGAGUUUGUGCUAAAAAUAUUCAUGUACAAUACAAAAUAAUAUGACUCCAAUGGGACAAUCAACUCUGGAUAGGUAUUUCAAAAUUAAGAACAAUAACUUGUCUACUAAAAAAGUUAAAAAACUGACAAAAAGGUCUAGGUUAUCAAAGUCAAAGGAGACAAUGAAACCAAAAUCAUCACCAAAGGCCUGUAGUGGAAACGAGGUCAUAAGCUUGGUCAGUGAUGAUGAAGACCAGGAACUCAACUGCAGUGCUACCACCACAGCAUCCUCAAACACUACCCUGGAAUAUGAUGCUGAUAUCAAAGCAUCCCCUGGAAUUUCUCAGUCACCCAGUCCAAAAAAGAAGUUCUAUUCUCCCACUAAAAAGCGAAGGAUUUCUAUGAAGAGUCCAAUUAAAGCAAAGAGAAAUUUAAAUGUUUCAUUAGAAACAGAGGGAAAGAAAGUGAAUAACACUGGAAUAACCAAGGACAUGGACGAUAAUACUACAAAUUUUACGAGAAUUAUUUGUGAAUAUUUGGAUGACAGAAACUUAAAGUGUCUAAUGACUGAAACAUCAUUGAAUCUGUUGGUCAAGAUAAGAGAAGCAUCUACACCUGCAAAGCGUAUUGUAUGCAGAAUGUUUUGGCAGAUGGAACAGUGGUGCAGGUGGAAAAAAAUAAAAAAGAAUGCAUCAAAAGCUAAAACUAUUGAUGACCCAACUGUUAUGGAGGCUUUGAAUUAUCUUAUUGAUAAUGGACUUAUUUCCGUAGCAAGAUUUAAUGGACAGACUCAUGAUUUAGAUUUCGACCAACUGACUAAGGUUUUGUAUGCAGACGAAUUAAAAGAAGUGUGCAAGUGUUUUAAUAUGAAAGCAAAAACUGAGGAGGCGGCUGUACAACUUUUGCGGAACUUUAUGAAUGGAAGGACAAAUAUUACAAAUUAUUUUACAAAUUUGUCUCAGGCUGGAACCACCAGUAACAAUGAAACUCGUGCUCUGAAGAAAUUGGGUGAAAAAGCUGGACAUUGUUACAAGCUUGCGGACGAAGCUCGAAAAACCCUGAAAGAACUGUAUAUUUUGAUGUACAUUGGAAUGGAUUACUCAGUAAUAAGGGAUAAUAAAUUGGAACUGACAUUUCUGAAUGAGAAAAUAGGCCAAGAGACUUACCCCAUUGAUAGUAGCAUGGUGGAUAGUCCAAGUGUUAUAUUUAAGAGCAGACUGGAAUUUGAACGUUACCUUGAUGCACAUUGGACUUAUGAAGAGUUUUUGGUUAAGACUGGAACAGAAAGGUGCAGGCUCAUUGAAUCUGUUUUCGAUCUUUAUAAAGGAAUCCCCAAAGAAGAAAUCAUGAGUUAUGCAACACUGCCAGUCUGGUUGCGUCGCUUCACAGCACCUAACCUUUAUAUGAAGAUUCUAGAAGAAGGCAUAGUUGAUCUAAAGAAGGAUCCCACCAACGGAGCUCUUGUGGAUGAGAUACUGUCAUGUAUCAUCGCACAAGACAUAUUCAGGCAACACAAGAAAGCUGAAUGGAUUUCAGAAAGAGCCCUCGUUUUGUACAAAAUCCUUAAAGAUCCAGAUGAGGCAGCAAAAGUUUUGCUAAAAGGGUUGAAAUCCUUACCGAGCGAAGCUAAAGCGUUGUUGUACCCGCGUGCCCUCUUGCUGGCAAAGAGGAAGACAAACAAAAUCGACGACCAGCUCGCCUUCAGACUCACCGCCUUCGCGCGGGGGAGUGCUACUUGGGAGAAAGAGAUAGAUGCGGAGCAUGUUUACAAAGUGCCAGAGAACUUCACUGGCAAGGGGAAAUUAUCCUUCGUGGAGUUUGUCAACGGUACCAGAACGCCCAUGGACGCUGAGGCGUACUGCAUUCAUUACUACGUUAAUGUCAUGUCUACGUACACACACGGCGGUCAUUGGGAAGGUAGAAUAGUGACCACACUGUUCUUCCUACUAUUCUGGGACAUAAUAUACGCGCGGUUGCGGUUGCCCGGACUGUUCUUGACCCGGUACCAGUCCCAUCCGCUGGACCUGUACACGGACAGCUUUUACAGCAACAGAAAGCCGAUGAUAGACGCCAGGCUGCAGGAGAUCGAGGAGUGUACUGAGGAAAACUUGGUGGCCAGGAUGCAAGCUACCUGGGAGAGCAGACCAGAGAGUGACGUAUCGUCUGGUGUCCACCGCGCCAUCGGCUGGGACAACGUGUCUUCGGUCGCUAAGUGCCUGGGUGCCACAGGCGUAGCGGCGCUCUGCCGUCGACUCGCCACGCAGUACCAGUACGCGCAUAGCGGCUUCCCCGACCUUACGCUAUGGAAUGUGAAUACUAAGAAGAUAUCGUUCGUGGAAGUGAAGACGGACUCGGACAAGCCGUCAAUGAAGCAGAAGCAGUGGCUGCUGUACCUGCUCGACUGCGAGCUGUCGGCGCGCUUCUGCUACGUGGGCGUGCACACGCGGCGCGCGCGCGCACGCAACUGGGCCGACGUUGAGUACUCCGACGACGACGUGUAGUGUGGCAGGUGACGUUUUAGUGACGUCACAUGCCAUCCAUUGCUGGAAGCGGCGUUAUGUGGUUGCCACUGGCGUCACCGGUCCUGUGCGGUGAUUUCAUAUGAAAUGUGUGGAACUACAUGGAAAAGGUUGGCGGCAUGUUGUGUUUGUAGUGAAGCUCCCGUGUGCGGGGACUUUUAGUCUAGCGAUAAGUUACAUCUUCAAUACACAUGAGCACGCAACUGGGCCGACGCGGACUGCUCCGACGAUGAUGUGUAGUGUGGCUGGUGACGUGUUAGUGACGUCACAUGCCAUCUGAAGCUGGAAGCGGCGAUAAGUGGCCUGUGCGGUGAGUUCAUAUGACAAGUAUGAACACUACAGGGAAAAGGUUGGCGGCGUUUUGCGGCUGGUGACGUGUUAGUGACGUCACAGGCUGCCAUCUGAAGCUGGAAGCGGUGUUGAGGCGUGUGGCGGCCACUGGCGUCACCGGUCGUGUGCGGUGAGUUCAUAUGAAUUUUUUGAAACUACAGGGAAUAGGUUGGCGGCGUUUUGUGGUUGUAGCGUGUGACGUCACAAGGCGCCAACUGUAGCUAGAAGCGGCGUUUUGUGGCGCGUGGCCACGGCCCGUGAUAACUAAAGAAAAGAGGAUGGUGUACAGCAAGGGCGUGCACUCCAUAAAUGCAUAUAUGCACUGCAUACUCUAUACCUUAUUCCCUGUGAUUCUCUAGAGUACUCUGUAGCCGAUGCUACAGUGACUAGUGGCGUGUUAAUGUCGCAUUCAAUGUUGUGCUAUUAGAUAUGUUACGUGCCUAUAAAAUCAUCGCAAAAAGUUAGCAGUAGCUACUCCACUGAUCGCAAACUUUAAAUAUCUUUCGUUUUGGUCGCCGCAGUUUCAACGCUCUAGUGACAUAUAUAAUAGUAUAUCUUUGGUCACAACCACAAACGCCGCCACCUGAAGCUAGAAGCGUGGCGGUCACUUGUCACCGGCCGUGUGCGGCGAGUCCAUGUAAAGUGUACGAAUAAUACAAAAAGGUGGAAUAAUUAUGUAUGUAUGUACAUUUAAACUCAAUACAUUAUUGGUGCUAUUAAUAUUAAUUAAUUUUAAUAAAUAAAGAAUGUAAAGAUGAGUGUGAGAAAAGUGAUAAUGGCGCCUCUCGAACAGGGUUUUUUAUUUACUAUUUAGGCCACAAAUACUAAAUUUAAAAGAAUAUGUUAUUCAAAGUAAUUUUAGCAGUAUGAUAAUAUUAUAUAUGUAUUUAUAUACUAUAUAAAAUAUAUAUUUUGCUUAUACCUACAAUAAAAUAAUAUAAUAAUCUCUUUGACAAUUUUCAACCAUUUAUUAAUAAUUAUUAUGUUGCAUUAUGUUAUUUAGAGAUAGUUUUUGUAUUAAUUUCAUGACUUAUUUGCACGUGACAUAAACAAUAUUUUAGUUUAGGAUUGUAACUUCUUGUGUCUGGCAUCUCUACAUAUUUAUAUGUCAGGAUUGUCUAUGAAUGUACCCAAGAAUUCAUUUUAAAUAAUUGUGUUAUAAUAAGUGCGAAGUCACAUUUUCGCUUCAUAGACAUAACAAGUACACUUUGUGAAUAUGCUGAGGUGCCAAAUUAACGUAAUCUUUUUUUCUAUAAUUUAGUGUGUCUUUUUUUUUUUAAUUUUCAACAAUGUCAAUAAAAAACACUAUUAAAAAUAUAUAAAAAAAUAAUAAAAUAAAAAAUAUUUUUUAUAAUUAAAUGUUAAAAGAAACAUUAUUAUUUUAGGUUAUUACAAUUAAUAUAUAUAUUUAAGUGUAAUGUGAAAUUAACACAGAAAGGUUGUUAAUAAUGCAUUUCUUUAUAUCUCAAAAAUUAUACUCAUUUGAAACAUAUAGCCGAACUUAGAACCUACUUUUAUUAUGUUUCUUUUUUUUUAUUCUACUAUGCUUCUUCUUAUACCAGAUUAUGUUGUAUAUUGGAGUCAUUUUGUAUUGGUAUUCUUUAUUAAUUAUCACAAAUGAGGGUAUCUAAGGAUAUUGUGACAUCUUUUGAGAAUUAAACAUAGACCAGGUGCUGUGAGGUAUUUAGUGUUCAUAAUCCGAGGACCGCAUUCUGUUUACAGAUUUGAACUCAAAGCAUGCACGUUACGUUUUUGCAUGUCGCCAGGUUUAUUAGUCCAUUCUUAUGUUCCUGACCCCCUUUGAUAUACACUGAACAAAUUUUGUAUUAGUGUUAUUGCUUGUUCUAUUAAGAAUAUACAAUUUUAAAUUAUGAAAUUAUCACACAAAUAUGUUAUAUAUUAUAAAAAACAGUCAGAACCUCACAGCGCCUGGUCUAACAUAUAUUAUUUAAAUUUUUUUUAAUCUAGUCAUUAAAUUGUCAAAAUUAUAUCAUUAGGGAAAGAAGAGAUCAUUUGUAUAGUUCCAGAUUAUUUUCAUUGAAUAGUGACUUUAAUAAAGAUGCCUUGUCUUAAACAUAGUUAAAAACGUGAUCAUAUAUUAAACAUAGUAAAAAAUGUGAAACCAAAGUAGAUUAUCAUUUUCACUUUCAAAAAAAGGCAAGUAAAAGAUACUGUAAAAACGUUUUGAAGACAAAAGUUGGAUUAUGCACAUCCCAUCCCAUUAGCAUCUUUUUAACUACACACAGGAGACACAAGUUUUAUACCAAUUGAUAAGUUGUAUAAAGCCUUGAUAAGAGUAUAAAGCCAUGAUAAUUGUAUUAAGCCUUGAUAAGUGUAUUGAGCCUUGAUAAGCGUUGAUAAGUGUGUAAAGCCAUGAUGAGUGUAUAAAGUGUUAAUAUGUGUAUUAAGCCUUGAUAAGUGUAUUAAGUCUUGAUAAGUGUAAAAAGCCUUAAUAAGUGUGUUUAUUUAAUUAUUGUGUUUAAUAAGUUUUUAAAUGAUGUUCCACUUCGGUUUCAUACUUUUUGAAUGACGAUUGUAAGAAUUGUCAAUCUUUCCCUACAGUCUUCUGUAAUUUGGAUUAGAAAAUUAAAGUGAUAUUUAUGUUCAUGAAGACUGAUUUUGUUUUUAUUUUAUUAAAAUUGUGUUUAAAAUUGUAUAUUCAAUUAUAAAAACGACUCUAAGCGUAAGAGUACAAGGUUCAAGUUUACUUUCUUUUUAUUUAAGUUACAUAGUUUACUUAGUUUUAAGCUACUUUGUGAAAUGCUGAUGAAAUUACCUGGCUGUUUACUAUGGGCGGCUAUUAAGGCAAUAUAUAUGGAAUCCUUUAUAUUCUUCUCAUAAAAAUAAAAAGAUCGAAACAGUCCGCCUGAACAGUACUUGCAGACUGUUUCGAUUUUUUUGAUGAAAAGUAUAUACAUAUCUAAAUAAAUUUUACCUGGCAUAGUUUUUCUAGUUUCCAACACUAAUAAACUCCUUACAUAAUUAUAAAUUAUGAUGUUGACUGAAAAUAAGAAACAUGUUAUUCUUCAGUACAGUAUUUGAAAAAAAAAAUUUAAAUAAAAAAAAAUCAACCGACUUCCAACUCAAAUAUUAACCUAUACUAAAAAGCAAAACAUAACAUCUUACCUACGUGCUACCUUCUGAUCAGUUUGAAGGCGGUGCCAAGCCAGUAAUGUUUUUAUUCAAGCCGUAUAAAUUACACAAUUUCUGUGGUUCUUUCAGAAACGGCUUUAAUUAAAACAUGUCACUGGAUUGGCACCGCCUUCAAACUGAUCAGAAGGUAGCACGUAGGUAAGAUGUUAUUUUUUGCUUUUUAGUAUAGGUUAAUAUUUGAGUUGGAAGUCGGUUGAAUUUUUUUUAUUUAAAUUUUUAUUUUUUUAUUUUUAGUGUUAGCAUACCUACUGAGUGUGAACAAAAAUUUAUGAGCAAUUAGUUGAAACGUUAUUUUCUUAUGAUAAGUAUCUAAGUCCUACAAUUCCAAUUUUAAAAAUACUACCUUAACUCAUAUACAAAAUUUCACUCCCCCUUCACGUAAUAUGAAUAUUCAGAAAAACGUGAAAGGUGACUGUCCUCCGUCUUCAUCGGCAGACCCCCUGUGCAGUCACAAUCCAUAUGGGUGAAAGUUCUCAUCAAUAUAAAAUUUAUCAAGUCCAAACACAAGGUAGCUACUGUGAACCGUCGAGGAGUUCCCUUAACUCUCCUUCACCUCCAUCACCAGACCCCUAAUACAGUCACAAUCUAUCCAGGUGGAAAGUUCUCAUCAAUACAAAAUUAUCAAGUCAAAACACAAGGUAGCUACUGUGAACCGUCGAGGAGUUCCCUUAACUCUCCUUCGUCUUCAUCAUCAGACCCUUAAUACAGUAACAAUCCAUCUAGGUGGAAAGUUCUCAUCAAUACAAAUAAAUCAAGCCCAAACAAAAGGUACCUGCUGUAAAUCGUUAACGAGUUCCAUCGUCUGUGUAUCGGCUCCAUCAUCAGACCAACUCCAGACCUACAUAAAAUUGUAGUGGUUUAAAAUACCUUAUGGAAACACUAACAAACGCACUAGCCGUCUUUACGAUUUUCGAAAGUUCCCCUCGAUUUCUCCAGGAUGCCAUCAUCAGAUCCUGACAUGAAAAAAAUGGGACCACCCUGGAAUCAAACCCUUCAAAACAAAAAAAGAAUUUUCAAAAUCGGUCCACUAAUGAUGGAAUUAUCGCUGGAUAAUUCCAUCAUUAGUUCGGCUGUACAUACAUACAGCCGAACGUAGAACCUCCUCCUUUUUGGAAGUCGGUUAAAAAAGAACUUAAUUGCCUUAGAGUUAAACGUUGUUUAUUCUUUACAACUACUUAUGUUUUUUUAUUGGAAAAAAGUUCCAUUUGUCACUGGCGAUUUUUUGUUUAUUUUUGGAAAAAGUCGAAUUUAGGUGUUCGAGCCUUCAGCUUGAUCCACUUACGAGAUUACCCUCCAAAUUUUGCCCGUUUGCAGUGUUCCUACCCUACAUUUCAUUGGGUAAAUGAGGUUUUGACAUAACAUCACGCCGUCAUCCGCCGGCAUGUCGCUUGACAGUUGUCAAUGUCAAUCAGUACGUCUUCAAAUUUUGUUAAGUGAGCAGUGUUAAAUGUGAAUAUUAAUAAAUAGUGAUAGUGCACAGUGAAAUUUGUUGGAGAAUAUUUUUGUCAACGGUCUAGUUAGAUGAGAGAUUAUUCUCAAUUCUAAGCGAAUACCCGCUCUCCGGACGGUAGACUUGCUGGAUAGACCUAGUUACCAAAUGAAGACAGUAACGAAAAAAUCGUAGCCAUCUUGUACGACCGAUGUGUAUUGUUCGCUGUUGAGUUUCCACGUGACUCCCGACAAGCUUUUUCAUCUUAGCGAAUGCCCGCUCUUCGGACGGCAGACUUGCUAUGUAGAUCUAUACUGAAUGAGAGUUUUUCUCUUUUUCAUCUUAGCGAAUGCCCGCUCUUCGGACGGCAGACUCGUUGUAUAGUCCUACUGAAUGAUGAGCAGAUGACGUCCCACCAGGGACGUAGUCUGAGACGUCGGCUGAGACGUCGGCUGAGACGUCGGCUGCUCAGACUACGGCUGAGACGUCGGCUGCUCAGACUACGGCUGAGACGUCGGCCGAGAUGUCGGCUGCGCAGACGUCAGCUGCUCAGACGUCGGCCGAGAUGUCGGCUGCGCAGACGUCAGCUGAGACGUCAGCUGAGACGUCGGCUGCUCAGACGUCGGCUGCUCAGACGUCGGCUGAGACGUCAGCCGAGAUGUCGGCUGAGACGUCGGCUGCUCAGACGUCGGCUGAGACGUCGGCUGAUCAGACGUCGGCUGAGACGUCGGCUGCUCAGACGUCGGCUGUGACGUCGGCUGUACAGACGUCGGCUGAGACGUCGGGUGUACAGACGUCGGCUGUACAGACGUCGGCUGAGACGUCGGCUGUAAGACGUCGGCUGAGACGUCGGCUGUGCAGACGUCGGCCGCACAGACUGAGGCUGAGGUGUCGUUUAAUGGGACUUCAUCUGAGAUGUCGGCUGACGUGUCGUUUGAGAUGUCGGCUGAUUCGCUGAUUGAGACGUUGUCUAAAAUAUCGGCUGACGCGUCGUCUGGGAUGUUGACCAACGCGUCGCCUGGAACGUCGGCUGCACGGCUGAUUCGCUAACUGAGACGUCAUCUGAGUUGACCGUCGAUGCUUUGGCUGAGACGGCCGGCGUUUACGAUGCCUAUUUGUCAGCUAUUUGCUAUUUGCUUGUCCUUUAAGUGACCUCUGACAGCUGCCUUGUCGGCUGCGCGCCUGAAGUCUAAGGCGCGUAUUUGGGUACUCUUCAAUUACCAGGGUCCCUGAACGUCAGUAAUCAGCUUAAUGACGAUCUUUAUAGAUCAUGGAAUACAUAACUCAAGUUGAUUGGGAGUCUUUAAGAAAGUUAUAAAUGCUUGAUGAAUUUGUAUUAUCAAUAUUGAAGCUCCUUGGUAACACAUCAAACCUGGAUGUGUUCGAAGCAAAGAUUUCAGUGGAAUAUGAAAAUUACGCGUUUACUGCGUUUCACUAUACCUACUCUCCAUCUACCGCAUGUUUAUAGUGUCUAAAGCUCACAUGGGCUUAGAGAACGCAAAAUCAUACUUAUCAUUUGAAGCUAACAUAAUUAUUUAACUACUGCUGUGAGUCCUGAUUUAUUUCCUACUUUCAACAAUGAAACAAAUCUUUCUGAUCGAUGCAUACGAUAAUAGGUUCUUUAAAAUGGAUGUUCUUUGUCCUUACUGCCCUUCCUCUAUUUUGAGAGGCUUUGUAUAUAUUAAGAGAUCCAGUUGAUGGCCUUCCUUAUGGACGAAGUUGCCUCAUCUUGACUGUAUCGGAAGAAAAAUUUACUUUGCACAGAAAGUUUAUUGGAGCAACGUAAUAAAAUCUUAGAACCAAGCAUCAUACAAUGUUAUUAGAGUAUAUAAAUACUGAAUGUUGUUGGAUUGCUCCCGUUCAGUUAGAAGAUUAUCUUAGCAAGACAAGCAAGACCAGGAAACUAAUCUUUUUAUUUUGAUAAAUACUUUAUCUUAAAGCAAAAUGGGACACGCAGUAAAAAUUCCUAGCCAAGCAAGGAUAUCAUUCUCAGAAGCUUCGCGAAUAUUCGAAUAUACAACAACAGUCCGGUCUUCACUUGACUGAAGAUAAUACUAAAUAGUGCAUUAGCAAAGAUGACCCCGCGUUCACAGACAAUCACUUCAUAAUGCACUGACAGUGACAGUAAAUGUUGCACUUCAGAUACUCGUGAUACAUGACUGCACUUUAGAUACAAAAAGGGUGGCAAUCAUACAAUGCCUGAGACCUAUAUAUAAAGCCUCAAAUAAGAGAUUCCACAAUCUUUUGCAAUGUAUUUCACUGUACAACACCCAUUUAGCCACCGAAAGUCAACUGGCUUUAUCAUAUUAAAAUGCAAGAUGUAAUAAAUAAAUAUUUUCCGGUAUGGGUUAGUCAUUAUUGGCUAGAUACUUGGCUCACACAUAAAGACUCGGGUUCGAUUCCCGGUACCAGACCCAAUUAAAACAGGUCACUCCAUAGAAGCUAUGGCUCGAGAAAAUGUCCACGAACUAAAUAUGAGAAGGAAAAAUAAAUAAAUUAUAUUUGAAGUCAGAAAAGAUCUUAGUGCUCAAAAUAUUCAUGCACUUAAUUAAGUGUGCCUGGAUCUAAAAUUACACUUUGUUUGCAUUUCUUCUCUAAGUUUGUCAAUCUGUCAUAUAUGAUAGAUUUAAAAUUAAUCUAUGGAAAUUUUUUCAUAUAAUACAUAUAUUGUGGGGAAAUUAUGAGAGUUAGGAACGAAUAAAUAUUUCCUUCUCCUUCAAGGGGAAAAUAUGGCCGUAUUAAUUAAUUACUCUUGCCCACAAGAGCUUAUUUGAUUUGCCGAUACAAUCAUUCCGUCGCUUUAUAUAUCUUGAACGUACAGGCAAAGGUAUCACAAGCCACAUCUUUCCCUGCCUCAUAGACGGUUUCUGUUCUUAAACUUUUGAAAAAUGUCUACUUUGUAGAAUGAUAACUCUGUAUAGAUUUGUUAAUGGAUAUAUAUUUAGCUAAGUAAUUCAGAUUUCAUUCUACUUAUACUUAGUUACUUUACUUAUAGAUGAUAUUCUUUUUAACAACGAUUCAAGCAUACUGCCUCUAUUCAUCAUAUAGGUGGUAGAUACAGCUACCCAAUAUUGGGUGGUAUCUAUAUAAACUAUCGAAAAUUCAAUCUCAUGUCAACACAAAUAGGAAAAUCGCCUGUAUGUCGCCAAAGACAGUACAAAAGAACAGUCAAGAAAUGCUACUUACUCAUAAAGAAAUUUCGCUGGUGGGCAUGGUGGCUUGCAACUGUUAUAGCAGUGUAUAAUAUUUAUAAAUUAUGCAUGCUCCUCGCCUCAUUCAGUAUACAUUAUACAAUAUAUCUGCAUACCUAUUAGAGAAGACCAUCUACUUGAAAUUUUAUAACAUCAGAUGCAGUAGGAUUCAGUAGAGAACUAUAAGAAACUUAAUAUUCAUAAACAGUUUCUAAAAUGAACGGCAACAUGUUUGACACAAGCUUAAAGAGAUAUUAUGGAUUGUAUUGGAUUUUUUUAUGAGAGAGCGAGUGAGAAAGGACCUUAGAUAGAAAAAACUGUAUGCAAUAUUUCAAGAAGAUAACAAAUAUAUAGAUCUAUACCUCUUUGCAUUAAGCAGUAAAUUCUAGAUUUAGCUAACCAACUUCAAAUAUACCUAAGCCAGGUACUUUUCUGGGAUUAUAGACGGGUCUAUACCGAUUAUUAGAAUUGCAAGAUUAAAUCCUAAAGUUACGAAGCUCUUCAGACAUCAUUCAAGGUGAUGGAAAAACCAGAAGUAGACUUGUUUACCAGUACAAGGGCAGUGAUCUAACCAAUCUAAAAUAUGAUUGCUUUUCUAGUAUUGCCCAUUCGUCGACGUCUUCAGCAAAGACUUAAACUAAAGGCUGUGGUGGCCCUAGCUUAUUUCCAUCUUCAACGCUAGUACCUAUAAUUCGAGACAUCUUAAUCACUGCUUGAGAACCUAUCUUCUGGUAGCUCCAGAUAGGAGAGAAAGUUUAUGAUAUUCCUCUUCUCCAGGUCUCCAUUGUACCAGAGAACCAAGAGCCAACCAUUUACAAUUAACAAUCUAACAUUUCUUUCGCGAGUACCAACAGGUCACAUUCAGUAACAUAUUGUAUGUGCUUGCUGUACUACUAAGGUCCUUGGCAACAGAGGACAGAAUAUUUUAGAAACAGCUUGGCGUAAAUUCACAAUUAAUACGUGUAAUCAAGCCUGGAUAUGUUGGAAUGGGUUAACAGUUAGAUCCUACUUCGGUAGGACUUCAUUUUUGCAAAUACUUAAUAAUUAAAUCAGAACUCGUACUCAGAACUAUUGAUCUUUAGAAAUCCUUAGUCAAAUAGGUUUAUAAACCCAAAAAUUAUCGAGUAGAUAAUUACCUAGGUACUUGAUCAACCUAAAGUUAGACUAGCAUUGAAACCAAUUUUAAAACCAAAACCUCUAAUAUGGUUGGUCACCAUGAGUCUAUUUAUAUACUCAACUGAUAGCUUAUUUUAAGUAGCAUGUCAUGACUCCUUGUUUUUAUCUUGAGUGGAGAGUUCAUGUUUUGACUAUACACAGUACGGUUCUGACAAAAUACAGAUCCAACAUUGGUUUGGUUAACUUUAUGUAGUCAGAGGGCUAUAUCUAUUAGUACAAACUGAUAUUACAAAUUUGUUAUAUUUGGGUAAAGAAAUUAUUGGACAUGUCAAUGAAUCUGGUUUGUUUAUUAUGUCUAGCAGAAGACAAAGAUUAAAGUAGCUGCUCGCAGUCAUUUCGGUAUAACUGCGAAGCUUAUUGAAAUUAGCACGUUUUCAGCUUUCUCAGAUAAUUUUAAAAGCAUCUGUAAAUACAGAUUUAAUAAAAUACAAUAGAAAUUUAAAGUGUGUAGUCAAUAUAUCUACGCUGUCUUGAAGAAGUUCGUCAGAUGUUUUGAGGUUUACUUUACUACUUUACAGCAUUAAGUGCAGCAUAUUUACACCAAUUUAAAUGAAUAUAUGGGUUGUAUAGGUUUUGUUUUUACCAUUAAAUAAAAUAUCAAUUAAUAAAAAUAUGUGUGUUACUUUUGGGUGAAAUCUACAUUAUUAACUGUGAUUAAUUAAAUGACAAUAAUUUUAAUAUCAAUUAAAUUUGAUAUCUAGUUAAUUACUUCAGAGAUGAGAAAAAUAUUUUGUCUCUAUGAUAAUCACUGAUAAUAUACUGAUUUAUAUACUGAUAAUUUAAACGUCGUUGAUCAUUAAUUUACAUGUAUAAUGAUUAUCAUUUCUUUUACUAUCAUAAAAAAUGGUCAUCACAGUACGCCUUGCCAUCGCCGGCAGAAUAUAAACACAUCUCGUAAGUGGAUCAAGCUGAAGGCUCGAACACCUAAAUAUAACCGUUUUCCCCCCAAAGGGCAGAAAACGAUUAUUUAGGUUUCAGCCAAAGCUUGAUCCACUAAAAUUUCAUGCCUUGCCGGCUUACGAGAGUACUGAUUGACAUUGACAACUGUCAAGCGACAUGCCGGCGGAUGACGGCGUGAUGUUAUGUCAAAACCUCAUUUACCCAAUGAAAUGUAGGGUAGGAACACUGCAAACGGGCAAAAUUUGGAGGGUAAUCUCGUAAGUGGAUCAAGCUUUGGCUGAAACCUAAAUAAUCGUUUUCUGCCCUUUGGGGGGAAAACGGUUAUAUUUAUAUUAAACGAACAUAGACUUUAAUAGAGCUCAUAUGGAGUAAACUUUACUUGGUACAUAACUUGUUUAGUGCACGACAACAUUGUUGUACUAACUAAUGUUUACUCUACGUAACCGUUAUUAAAACGGAAAAUAAUGAAAAAAUUGUAUUACAAUUAUAAUUUGUAUCCUGUAGGUAUCUGUUAUACUUAUCUAAAUAAAGAUUUAUUUUUAAUCGGU